AUGCAAGAGGGGACUGAAGACCAGCAGACAUUAUUUGGGCAAACUUUUUUUCGUGCCCAGCCAGAGCCCAAGCGAGGAACAUUGGGAAAGAGGAUUCCAACUAAUGACAUACUGGAAUUUCUCGAUCUUCUUAAACUUGGCCAAACCCCAAUCCCUCCAAAUGAGCAGAAGAAGGUGACAUUGUAUGAGUCACUCUCCUCUCCAUUCUUUGACCCUGGCUCUUUGUCCAUGGAUGAUGAUGGAAGUCAAGGCAGUUCCAGAGAUGCCCUUGAAACAUACUUGGCCAAGCAGAUGGCUGGAGACUACGAAGGAAUGUCUGAGAAGUUGAAGGGUACAUAUGAUAGAUUGAGGAGCUGGGGAGUUGAUUGCAUCCCCUUGUCAGAGGGGAGACCUUCACUCCAGAUUCCUCAGCUUGGAGUUCCUCAACCUUCUCUAUCUCAGGAAAGUGAAUGCGCUUCUCUAACGGGGCAUCAGUUAUUUGCAUCGCACGAAGAGUAG